CGCUCCUGCUGCUGAAGAUGGAGUUUGACACCGGUCAUCGAUACUCUCAGAACGCCGCGUCAGGAUACCGACCCCAUUACUACUGCAACCCUCGCAGCAAUCCGCUUUCAACACGCCAUGGAGCCAGACCAGAUCCUCGAGCGUAUACUGGCGGUCCCGUUGGUGGACGGCUUCGGCCCAGCAUGAACCAAGAGAUAGCUCAUGUCGAAGGUGGCCAAUCCAGGCGCCGUAUCGCUGUAGCUUGUGCUCGGUGUAGAAAGCGCAAGAUUCGGUGCAGCGGUGAUCCUGGCGAUGGAACGGGAUGUCUAAACUGUAGGCAGGCCAAUGUCAGCUCUGACAUGUGUCAGUUUCACAGGGUUGGUUCGGGCGAGCCAUCGAGAGCCAUCGACCAGUAUAACCUCGCCCAAGGUCUUCAGGCUUUGAGCAAUGCACCGGUCACAAUGAUGCAAAUGUACGGUGGAGUCCGGGAGGGGGUAUACCAACAACCUCCACACUCGCAGCUAGAAGCGAGGCCACUAUAUGCACCAACAUGGGAUGUGCCUUUUGCGGGAAAUACUUCUCCGGUAGAGACGUAUGGCCUCGAGUCUCCCGCCACGUAUCUUCCACACCAGCAGGCAGGUUCAACCUCGGAUUCUUAUGCAAACAGCUAUCGAUGGUCCGAAAGGUCGAGGCCUGCUCCCGUCAAUGCAUACGCUGAGCAUGAUUCCAUUCCCGCAUUCAGCACUACCGGUCUGUCCUUGCCUUAUCCCGCGGCAAAUCUACGAAACGUCGCAGCGUCCUCUGAAGCCCUUUCACCUCUCAAUAUGGGCUCUCUUCAAUUGUCUCUGCCUGACAGGACUCUACCCGAGCGACAAAGCACAGAGUCCAACGCAACACAACGACAACUGCCGAUCCCCCAGCCUAGCCCUGCGCAAAAGACCAGAAACAUAGUGGACCAACUCCAAGAUCAACGACUCCGCUCUAUCCAAGGCCCCCCCGACUCCAACGCUUCUGGUAAUGGCUUCACACAGCCUCCGCUAAUGUAUCAUAACGACGGCGAUAUUCCUUCCACUUCUUCUACAGAAUCAUCAAUUGGCGCAGCCUCCGUUCCUUGCUCUGGAGGUUCUGGAAUGUCCUUUGUAUCUUCAGGUCCGAUCGACGACAUCACCGCAACAACUAUGGGAACCCAGCAUCAGUUAAACUUCAGUACUUCUAAUCUACUCGAUGGUAUGCCAACAGCCACUGCGCCUACCGCGUAUUCCAACUUUCGAAAUUACAACCUAUCUUUGUCGAAUGACAGCAAACCCGUCGUUCGGAAAAGCUCUCCUACGAACGUAUACAGUUACAGUGUCAACGAGAGCUCCCGCCACCGCCGAGGAGGCGAUUCCAACGACGGAACCUUAGUCAGUGGUCAUCGCUAUACACCGCUGACUCCUAGCCAACCCCGUCAUCGGGCCAGUUUAGAAGACACAAUGCGUCGCAGUUCGCACGAUACUCUCUCUUCAGAACGAACUACCUUGACGAGCCUCAAUCGCACGUGUUGA